AAUUCUCGUUAUUACUUUACGUCACAAAUCCAUUAAGAUGAUCUUGUUAGUUAAGAGAAUGACUCAGAAUCCGUUGGUAGUUCGCGCGAUGUCUUCAUCCGAGAGUUACGAGGAGGCAGUGAGAACUUUAAACAAACUGCAAAGCAAUGCUGCUUAUAUUCGUGCUGUGAGAAAACAUAAUGUCUCGACAAACACUGGUCUUGAAGAUACUAAAAAGUAUCUUCUGAGAAGUGGUGUAACGUUGGAUCAACUCGAUCUCCUAAAAAUAAUCCACGUCGCCGGAACAAAAGGAAAAGGUUCAACAUGCGCCUUCAUCGAAUCAAUUCUCCGUCAUCACGGUUUCCUCACCGGAUUUUACAGUUCCCCUCAUCUCAUUUCAGUUCGAGAAAGAUUCCGAAUAAAUGGACAGCCUAUAAACGAACCCACUUUUACCCAAUUCUUCUGGAAAUGUUACAAAAGUCUCGAGUCCAAAAAAGAACACGAAAAUGACAUGCCCCAAUAUUUUAAAUUCCUCACAGUAAUGAUGUUUCACGUCUUCAUUGAGGCGAAAGUCGACGUCGCAAUUUUGGAAGUUGGGAUCGGAGGCGAGUGCGAUUGCACAAAUAUCGUGAAGAAUCCAAUUUGCACUGGAAUUUCCAGUCUCGGACUUGAUCACACUUCAAUGCUGGGGAACACAAUUGAGGAAAUCGCCUUUCAAAAAUCCGGAAUUUUCAAAAAAAAUGCUCCAGCCUUUACAGUUCCUCAACCUCUCGAAGCUAUGAAUAUUCUCGAAAAAAGAGCAGUCGAAAAAAAUUGCUCUCUGAGCAUCGUGCCGAGUGUGGAAAAUUACAAGUGGCCGAACGGAACUCUCGAUUUGAAAGUCCCUCUGAAAAUUCAGAAUUACAAUCUAUCUCUUGCAAUUCAACUCGCCUCUUCCUGGAUCGAAUCGACGCGGAACAAAAUCUCAAUCAAGGGAAAUAAAUCGCACUUCCGGAAGUCCACACCUAUUUUGCAAUCAAAAAUCGAGUCUCUCUCGAAUUUUUCUUUGGAAACAACCGCAAUCGCAAUUUCCAAUUGCAAGUGGCCCGGAAGAACUCAAAUUUUGAAGGGAAAUAGUAUCGAUUUUUUUAUCGAUGGGGCCCAUACUCUGGAAAGCAUCGAAAGUUGUGCCUCUUGGUUCAGAGAGUCGACGAAAAACGAAAAGGGGAAAAAGUUUCUGAUUUUUAAUGCGACCGGAGAUCGCGAUCCAGAAAAACUGUUAGCGCCUCUGAAGAGAUUCAGGUUUGAUCGAGUUUUUCUCUCGCCGAAUCUUGCGGGAGUGAAGAAUGUUGUGGACCAGGAAAAUUUUUCAGUGGGGACUGACGAACAGAAAAAGAGAUGCAGGAGGCAUUUCGAGAUUUGGGGAGACGGGGGAGUUAUUGUGGAAAAUGUUGGCGAGGCUUUUGAUUUGAUUAAUGAUGAGAUUUUGGGCAAUGAGAGGAAGGCUAAGGUUCUUAUUACUGGGUCGCUUCAUUUAGUGGGAGCUGCGCUUUUUAUUCUUGAUCCUGAUCUCAGUAUGACUACGAAUUAUUAAAUAUAAAAAAGUAUCGACUAGGGGCGAAUACACAGUAUUUUUUUUAUUUAGUUUUUAAGGCUGUUGAAAUAUAUACAAAUCUCUAUUUAAAAGAAUUUAUCUCGUGAAACGGUACACAAAAUUAGUUUAGAUAUAUUAUUAUAGAAUUUCCUUUUUUUGUAUUCUUUUUUAAGAUAUCCUACAUUAUUUUAUAAAAUAUUAACUUGUACUUAUUUUAAUCAAAAAAUGUAAAUUGCACAUCCUUUUUUCUCCAUAGAAAGUUACAUCCCUGGCUGAUCGAAGGAACCGAAUGGAGCCUCUACAAAGUACCCGUAAAGACCCCAUUGGGUUCCUUUUUAAAAAACUCAAAAAAACAGCAAGAUCAACUUUUAAACUGUUGAA